AUGAAAAACCCCGAUGAGUUUAUGAAUGGAGCGAUUCCGGAAGUUUCUGGCUCCGGACCGUACGUUUUCGAUAAGAAAUUGGAGAAUCGUGUCGUGUCGGCGGAGAAUGGAACCGUGAAAUAUCAGAGAUUCUUGUCGUAUUUCUUCAAUGAGCAGGAGUCGUGUCAGACGUGUAUUCUAGGGAAUCGGAUAUGGGUGCCAAAUAUGAUUUAUCAGAAAUUCGUUGAAGCCGCCUCCACCGAGGGAAUGAAAGCAGCCGCAACGACUCUCCUCUCUCAGACGGCAUUCCUCGAAGUGGAAGUCGAAGAGCUCCUUUUCGAGGGAUACAAGGAUCCAUUUCUCGACAAAGUUUGCGAAAUUCCAUUCAUGAAUUUCGUGUGUGAAGCUAUUCUCGACGUACCCGAACGAAUCGGCCUAUUCUUUGAAGCCAAUAAUACUGCCAGUAAAAUGUACGAAAUCGACGAUGGAACCCGUGAUCCGACGAAUUUGGGAAAAAUUCUGAAGUAUGACGAGGAGCCGUUGUUAGACGAGACAUGGUGGAGUACUGAAGAGUCACUCAAGAUUCGAGGCACCGACGGAUCACUUUUCCAUCCGUUUUUGUCGAAAAACGAAAAGUUGUAUGUGUACGUCGCCGAGUUGUGUCGAUCGAUUUGGUUGGAAUUCAAGGAAGAAGUCGAAUAUCGAAGUCGAAAGGAAGAAGUCGAAAGUCUCAAGGCCUAUCGUUACGUCGUCCCGCCAGAAGUCUUCGACGUGACGUAUCCUGGAAAUGAGGGUUACUGUAACCCAUCUGACAAACAAUUCUUCUCAUCACAAAACGAUUCUGUUGGAUGCCUUCCCAAGGGUCUUCUGGAAAUCUCGAAAUGUCAAAAAAGUCAGCCUCCGAUUACUAUUUCCUUGCCAAACUUCUUGUACGCACCAUCGGAAGUGAGGGAAUCAGUGAAAGGAUUGAAUGGAACUGACGAUAUUCGAGACUCGAUUGUGGUUGAUAUUGAGCCGCGAGUCGGCGCGGUGCUCUACGCUCGUCGUGUCUCUCAAGUGAACAUUGAAAUGUGGAAGGGCAAGAAUUUGACGUUCCCUGUGAAUUUGAAAAAGAUGAAAUCCGCACUGAUCCCCGUCAUCAUUCUCCACGAGACAUCUGAAAUCGACGAUGAUUCUCUGGAAACAAUUCGAUCACAACUGUAUGAGACUGAAUCGAUUGCCUACACUUCAUGUAAUAUUAUGAUGAUUAUUGGAGCAAUUGUCCUGCUGCUCGGUUUCUUGUUUUUAGCGUUUUCGUACCAAGAAGAGCACGAGAAGAAGCUGAGAAAGUGUCUCUACGUCUCCCGUUGCAAAAGUUUGAAAGGAUUCCGACGGGAUCUCACUUGGAGACAUCCACACGAUGUGGAAGACGAACUGGAGACAUAUCAUCUGGACGAGUUCGAUGGGUUCAUGAAGAUGCUUCGGAAGAAAGAAAGAGUCAUUUCGAGUCUGGAAGAACAGUACUUUCCAGGAGUCAUCACAUGCUAUCCAGAGGAUAUCGCAGAGUUCUUUGAGAAAAGAUGGAAGAGAAUCAAGAAAUCUUUUGUUUCUGCUAAGAAUAAUAUCUGUAAUUGCUUUAAGCGUAGCCCUGCAAUCAAUCAAUAA